CAGACUUGGGAGAAACACCAGAGCCUCCUCCAAGAUGCUGGUGGUCCUGUUCACAGCGGUCUUGCUAACCCUGAGCUAUGCUCAGGAACCAGAACUUCAGAGCCUAGACCAGACACCAAAUCAGAAACCACCUCCACCAGGAUUCCCACCAAGACCACCUGCUAAUGGGAGCCAGCAAGGCCCACCCCCACAAGGAGGCCCACAACAGAAACCACCUCAGCCUGGAAAGCCCCAAGGCCCACCCCCACCAGGAGGCCCACAGCAGAAACCCCCUCAGCCUGGAAACCAACAAGGCCCACCCCCACCAGGAGGCCCACAACAGAAACCACCUCAGCCUGAAAAGCCCCAAGGCCCACCCCCACCAGGAGGCCCACAGCAGAGACCUCCUCAGCCUGGAAACCAACAAGGCCCACCCCCACCAGGAGGCCCACAGCAGAAACCCCCUCAGCCUGAAAAGCCCCAAGGCCCACCCCCACCAGGAGGCCCACAGCAGAAACCACCUCAGCCUGGAAAGCCCCAAGGCCCACCCCCACCAGGAGGCCCACAGCAGAGACCUCCUCAGCCAGGAAACCAGCAAAGCCCACCACAAGGUCCCCAAUUGGACAGACCACAGGGAUCUUUCCAGAGUUUGGGUCCUCAGUAAACCAGAAUCCUCUGAAAGGU